AUGUCUCCUAUGAAAGUUGCAGUUGUCGGUGCCAGUGGUAAAGUUGGGCGUUUAUUAAUAGGUCAAUUGAAGGCAAACAACAGUUUUUCAACACCAUUGGCGAUCGUUAGAUCACAGGAUCAAGUAGAAUAUUUCAAGAACGAAGUGGGUGUUGAUGCUAGUUUGACAGAUAUAGAAAAUGCUCCCGUUAGUGAGAUUGCAGAUGCUAUUAAAGGUUAUGAUGCCGUGGUCUUUAGCGCAGGUGCAGGUGGUAAGGGAAUGGAAAGAAUUUUCACUGUUGAUCUAGACGGGUGUAUCAAAGUUGCUGAAGCAUGUGAAAAGGCUGGCAUCAAGAGAUUUGUCCUUGUUUCAGCACUCAAGGCGGAGGACAGGGAAUUUUGGUGUAAUAUUAAGGGUUUGCGUGAAUACUAUAUUGCGAAAAGAUCUGCUGACCGUGAGGUUAGAGAAUCCACCUUGGAUUACACUAUUUUGCAGCCUGGAUCGUUGGAAUUAAACAAAGGUACUGGCCUGUUGCAACCCCUUGACAAGCUAGAAGAAAAAGCUUCUGUUAACUACUCUAUUAACAGGGAGGAUGUAGCUUCUUUUAUUGUGGAAAGCUUGUUACACCCGAACGCAACGGUAAGGAAAACUAUUUCAUUGGUAAAUGGCGACGAGCCAAUGGAAAAAUUUAUUCAGAGUUUGUAG